ACAAUUCAGGAGGAGGCCAGAUUAGUUCUCGUGAACCGUGAAGUCUUCACACGCCGACACACGGCUGGGUGAAUGGACUGGACCUUGUAAAGUCAGUCGGCUGUGGUAUUUCCAGUUGGGAGCAGAGUUGUCCCGGACAGUGCUUCGGACCUCUGAACCGGAAACCUCUCUGAAGCUGCAGAAGCUCUCCAGAAACCGUCUGAAAAGUCUUUCCCCUGAAAAACCAGAGACUCAUCAUGUUGAGCAAAGACCUGCCUGAUAUUGAGAGCAUCCUGGCUCUCAAUCCCCGGGUGAAGACUCACGCCCAGAUCAUCUCCACGGCAAGCAAGAAGAAAGAAAAGAAACACUGGAAGAGGAACCCUGAGAAGGGCUGCGGUUCUUGUGUGAAGUUGGAGAACAACUUUGAUGACAUCAAGCACACGACGCUGAGUGAGCGUGGAGCUCUUCGAGAAGCGCUGAGGUGUCUAAAAUGUGCUGAUGCUCCCUGUCAGAAGAGUUGUCCUACUAACCUGGACAUCAAAUCAUUUAUUACAAGCAUCUCCAACAAGAACUACUACGGGGCAGCACGGGCCAUCCUAUCUGACAACCCCCUGGGUCUGACAUGUGGGAUGGUUUGUCCUACCUCAGAGCUGUGUGUGGGCGGCUGCAACCUGUAUGCCUCUGAGGAAGGCCCCAUUAACAUCGGAGGGCUCCAGCAGUUUGCUACUGAGGUGUUUAGUAAAAUGGGCAUCCCUCAGGUCAGAAACCCUGAGCUCCCACCAGCCAAUGAGAUGCCAGAGUCUUACCAUUCUCCUAUUGCUCUGAUUGGCUGCGGCCCUGCAUCAAUCAGCUGCGCUUCUUUCCUGGCCCGCCUCGGAUAUGAUGACAUCACCAUCUUUGAGAAACAGAAGUACAUCGGAGGCCUGAGCACGUCAGAAAUCCCUCAGUACCGGCUUCCCUUUGAGGUUGUGCAGUUUGAAACUGACCUGAUGAAGGACCUGGGAGUGAAGGUGGUGUGUGAGAAGGGCCUGGGCAUGGACGGCAUGACUGUGACAUCCCUGAGAGAGAAGGGAUUCAAGGCUGUCUUCCUUGGGAUUGGUCUCCCUCAGGCAAACAGAGCUCAAAUCUUUGAUGGUUUAACUCCAGAGCAGGGCUUCUUCACCUCCAAGGACUUUCUGCCCAUGGUGGCAACUGCCAGCAAACCAGGUGUUUGCCAGUGUCGCUCAUCCCUGCCGAACCUGAAUGGAAUAGUGAUUGUUCUGGGGGCUGGUGACACUGCGUUUGACUGUGCAACCUCUGCUCUUCGCUGUGGAGCCAAGCGAGUCUUUGUCUGCUUCAGGAAGGGGUUCACCAACAUCAGGGCUGUCCCUGAGGAGAUGGAGCUGGCUAAGGAGGAGCAAUGCGAGUUCCUGCCCUUCUUGUCUCCCCAUGAAGUCAUCAUGAAGAACGGCCACGUCACCGGGUUACAGUUCUGUCGCACGGAGCAGAACGAGGAAGGGGAUUGGCUGGAAGAUGAGGAGCAAAUAGUUAGGCUGAAGGCUGAUUACAUCAUCAGCGCCUUUGGUUCCAUGCUUAACGACCAAAAAGUGGCUGAGGCCAUGGCCCCUGUAAAGCUGAGCCGCUGGGGAACACCAGAGGUGAACCCAGACACCAUGCAGACCAGUGAACCCUGGGUGUUUGCUGGAGGAGACAUCGCUGGUCUGGCUAACACCACCGUGGAAUCAGUCAAUGACGGCAAACAGGCCUCCUGGCAUAUUCACAGAUACAUACAGUCCCUGCAUGGACAGACAGUGGACUCAGUUCCCAAGUUGCCGUUGUUCUACAGCGCUAUAGACCAGGUGGACAUCAGCGUUGAGGUUUGUGGGAUAAAGUUUCCCAAUCCUUUUGGCCUGGCAUCCGCCCCUCCCACCACCAGCACGGCCAUGAUCAGAAGAGCAUUUGAACAGGGAUGGGGCUUCGCUCUAACAAAAACAUUUGGGCUCAACAAGGACUUGGUGACCAAUGUAUCUCCUCGUAUUGUGCGCGGCACCACCUCAAGUCAUGUGUUUGGGCCAGGCCAGGGCUCUUUCCUCAACAUUGAACUCAUCAGUGAAAAAACAGCUGCCUACUGGUGUAAGUCAGUUGCUGAGCUGAAGAAGGACUUUCCCAAAAAUGUAGUGAUCUCUAGUAUCAUGUGUGCUUAUAACAAGGCUGACUGGACAGAACUAGCCAAGAUGGCUGAGGAGUCUGGAGCAGAUGCAUUGGAGCUGAAUCUGUCUUGCCCUCAUGGAAUGGGAGAGAGAGGCAUGGGCCUGGCUUGUGGACAGGACCCGGAGUUGGUGCGUAAUAUUUGUCGCUGGGUGCGUGCAGCCAUUUCCAUCCCAUUCUUUGCCAAACUGACACCAAAUGUCACCAAUAUUGUUGACAUUGCCAGGGCUGCUCAAGAAGGCGGGGCAGAUGGAGUAACAGCCACAAACACGGUGUCAGGCCUGAUGGGACUGAAGGCGGAUGGCUCCCCCUGGCCGAGUGUUGGACAAGGCAAACGCACCACCUAUGGAGGGGUAUCUGGUAAUGCCAUCAGACCCAUAGCACUCAAAGCCGUAUCGGCCAUUGGCAGAGCACUUCCUGGUUUUCCCAUUCUGGCCACUGGAGGCAUCGAUUCAGCAGAGUCUGGACUGCAGUUCCUCCACGCUGGAGCCUCUGUUCUCCAGGUGUGUAGUGCUGUUCAGAACCAGGACUUCACUCUGAUUGAGGAUUACUGUGUGGGUCUGAAAGCCUUGCUGUAUCUGAAGAGCCUGGAGCUGAAGGGAUGGGAUGGCCAGUCUCCUCCAACAGAGAGACAUCAAAAAGGAAAACCAGUUGUGAGACUGGAAGAACUGGUGGGAAAGAGCCUCCCUAGCUUUGGUCCCUACCUCCAGGAAAGGACAGAGGCCAUUGCCAAAUACAAGAAAAGUGUGAAAGACAGCGGAGACAGCAAAGUGUUGGACAGCAGCGUGGCCAGGGUCUCCAAGCCCACGAAACCCGUCCCCCGUGUCAAGGAGGUGAUAGCCAGAGCGUUGCAGCACAUUGGGGCGUACCAGGAGCUCAACAACAACGAGCAGGUCCAAGCUCUGAUAGAUGAGGAGAUGUGUAUCAACUGUGGGAAAUGUUACAUGACCUGUAAUGACUCUGGAUACCAGGCUAUAAACUUUGAUCCAGAGACCCACCUGCCUUUAGUGACUGACAGCUGCACUGGCUGCACUCUGUGCCUCAGCGUCUGUCCAAUCAUAGACUGCAUCAAGAUGGUUACCCGGACAUCAGCCUAUAACCCCAACAGAGGCGUGCCCGUCAACCCUGUGUGCUAGAGGAAAACUGUCCACUUUAAACCCUUCACAUUCACAGUGAAGUCACAUGUUAGUCCAGAAUAAGGAAGUGAUCACGCAUGAGCUGGGGGGAAGUCCACUUCAACAGCAGGAGGCUAACAGUUAGCAUUUGGAGCAUCCAGCCAGUAUCCAGCACUCAGUAACAAUGAGAGGAAGAUAGCACCACUACUGUCCUAUGUGAAACAAUGUUACAUUUCCCUUUAAAAUGCUAUGGCAGGAGAGAACCUGCCAGAAUAUUUGGAGUUGGUAUUGCAAUGUUCAUGUGUGUUGAUAGUGAAAAAGCCAAUCACAGGCAACAAAAGUCUGCAGAAAACUUCUGUUGUGGUGUCUUGCUAAUUUCAAAUGUGUUUAAAAACGUUCAUGCUUUAUAGUGUUGGUUAUUCCCAUGUAACAUGAAUGGAGUGUGAGUUCGGGGUCCAUUUUCAUCUUACUAUGCCAAUGUCUGUGUCUCAGGCCAGACAGUAAAAUAAUUUUGUAAUCUGCUGAGUAGUUAUCAAAGCUUUAUACCAAGUAGCGUCCUCAGAGUGAUCUGCCUGUGGUCCCAAUUUGAUUUUGUUCUAUGUUGUAGGCUUUAGAAAGCUUUGCCUUGCUUGUAGACUGCUAGUCUACCAACCCUGUGAUUUGGGAAUGUAAUCAAAUCAAUUAAACGAGCUAAACCAAUUAAAAAUGUUUCUGUAAUUGUGAGGGUUAGAUAAUGGUUAUAUAUAUAUGGUGAUUUCUGUUCUGCUAUAGCUGACAAAUAUGGUAGGAUCCUUAUGCCUGGAAUAAUUACAAACUUAGGCAUGGACAGUAUUUACCGGGAUUGUUUCUGUAAGGGUUAUCUCUGACUAUAGGUCUGCCUCAUGGAUUGUCUUGUGGAUUCUGUUCUGUUAUCCUGGCUCUGUUGACCAGUUACUUAUAAAUUACUCAUAAUUUUUAAGUGUAUCUCAGAUUAAAUAUACAUGUCAUGUUGGAUUGGUUAUUGUGGA